UCCUGAGCCUUUUGACUUUCUAGUUUUUCCUAUCUUUUGCAAAGGCUCUAACAAAUUUACUACGAAGUCAUAAAACCUCAAUGGCUCAGAAUGAUUGCUAGGUUUAACUAGCCCUGUAGCUGAUUCAAACGACUCCAUACUCUUCUGACAUAAAUACUUGCGAAUGUAAAAAUAUAAUAUUCAUAGAAGCAGAAAGCAUUCAAAAUGGAUUUAUUUACUCGCAGAUGUCCAAUAAAUAUUGGCUACCUUGAUAUGAGAUGUAGCAGGGUUGGCGGUUCCAUAUUUCAAAUCCUUACUUGGCGACACUCUUUUCCUGUGAAAGUGAAACCAGUUUUUUCACUUAACUAUUUUAAAAUGAGCGUACUGGAAAAUCCUGAAAAACGAAAAGUUGAGGAGCCUAUUGCAAAUGCUCCAAAAAAAACGAAACAGCAAUGUUUAGAUAAAUUCUUCACUGCGAAACCUAAAAUACAACCGAAAGCUCCUGUUUCUAACGCCAAUAUCAUUUCUGAUGGAAAUAAAAUAAAAUUUGAUAAAAAGAAAUGGGCUGAAGAACUGACAGACGACCAGAGGAAGCUGCUACAACUAGAAAUUGAUACCAUGGAAGAUUCUUGGUUUGAAGCUCUAAAGGAUGAAUUUUUACAGCCAUACUUUUUAAACCUGAAGCAGUUUCUUCAAAGUGAAUGGCAGGGAGAGAGGAUUUUCCCCCCUAAAGAAGAUAUAUAUUCUUGGUCGCAUCAUACUCCUCUGUCCAAAGUUCGCGUCAUUAUAUUGGGACAAGAUCCCUAUCAUAAUGUUGGGCAAGCUCAUGGACUUUGCUUUUCCGUCCGACCAGGGAUUCCCUGUCCACCUAGUUUAAUGAACAUAUAUAAAGCUAUAAAAGUUGACUACGAAGAUUUCGUCAUACCGAAAUCGGGAUAUUUAAUACCAUGGGCUGAUCAGGGAGUUUUAAUGCUAAAUGCUAGCUUGACUGUUCGUGCUCAUCAAGCUGCAUCCCAUUCAGGUAAGGGAUGGGAGCGAUUUACAUCUGCGGCUCUUCAAAUUGCAUUAAAUAAGCACAAACGUGGAAUUGUAGUGCUUGCUUGGGGAACGCCUGCUAAUAAACGUCUUCAAGGGCUUCCUUUACAGUCGCAUUGUGUACUGAAGAGUGUUCAUCCGAGCCCUUUGUCCGCUCAUCGCGGGUUUUUUGAAUGUCAUCAUUUUAAGAAAACAAAUGAGUGGUUAGCUGAACGUUAUGGAGCUGAAAAUUCUAUUAACUGGCAUGCUGUUUCUCUUCCUACGCCUUCAAAAUCUGCAAGUAUGAACAAGCCUUUAGGUAACACGGUUGAAGGUUCUUCACUCAUGGCAGAAAAAAUAAAGCAGGAGGAACAAAAGGCAUGAAAAAUUCGAGCAUGGAUUUCUGUUAUUAUAUAUUACUAAACGUAGAUUUCGUUCAUUUUGAUUCAUUAUCUUUAUCUUUUCCAAGUGUUUCACUCUUUUAUUUCGAUUUGAAGAAUAUCUAUGGUUUUGAUUUUUGAUAUCCCUUAUUGGUAUGGCGCUUCAUAGGAAUAAGAAAAAAAUUUUCGAUUUUCCAUUGAAGUUCGAAUAGCGGAUUGAAUAUUUUUUAGCUUUUGCAUGCGUCUUUCUUGCAUCUUCUCAUGAUAGUCCAGUUCACGCCUUAAUACUUCAGUUUCUUGUCUUGCUUUGGCGACCAUUUCAUUUGCUUCAGUAAACAAGGAAACUGAAAGCUCUUCCAUUUCUUUUUGGCUUUUAUCCAACUGACUUUCAAGCUCCUCUCGCCUUUGAACUUCAUGGGAUAAUUGUUCCUUCAUCUGACUCAGUGCCAUGGAAUUUGCUUUAUUUGUCGGAUUUUUUUGUUUUUCUGGUAUCAGUUUUUCGUUAACAUUCUCUUUAUUAGACAUUGAGGUAAACAGCCUUGUUAUUUCUGUCUCGUUAGUCCAUCUGUCAUUUUAUGCUUUCUUCGCAGUCUUUCAUUCUUUUUUUUCUAACUUACGAGAUCCACUCAUCAUAAUUUGCUAUUUGGUUCAUUACAAAUAACUUAUGUUGCUUUCAUCUCAGCAAUAUUGUUGUUUGGUUUGAUUGUAAACAUAAACAACGAACCCUUGUUAGUACACAUACUACCACAUUUCUCUCUUUUCAAUAUGCUUCCAUUCAUUGGAAUAUAUAAAGAUCAUUUAUAGUUAAGAAAAAGAAAAAGAAAAAAGAAGAAUUAUUAAUUGAAUACCAACCUAGCCAAUUUCCGGCCUGUUAGUAAACAAUUUAAGUAAAAUUAUAAACAUUUUGAUAAAAC